UGCAAUUUUGCAACAUGGCGGUGAAGUGAGGCAAAGUCGAGGUGCCGUGCCCACGUAAAAUGUAUAGUUCGUAGUUUGAGAAGGUUCAUUAUCGUGUAAUUAAUUGACGCGUAGAAGUAACACGUGUCCAAGCAUCGUUACAUGGUGGAUAUUAAAUGUAAAUAUGUACGAAAGGAGACGUAAAAUCAAUUGGAAGGUGACACCCCGUGACUACUUGAAGUCUCGGAGCACGUAUGGCAGAUAUUAGAAUACGAGAUAAGAGAGGAAAGGUUUCGUCCGAACGGCGAGGAAACUAUAUCAAAUUAUCAAGAAAUCAUCAGAGAUGUUUUGGCCGUUCAUCUCGAACUGUGAAAACGCUUAUACGAGAAGUAGAAACCUUCCUUGUAACUACAAGUUUUGAUCGUGUAUACGUGCCAAAUAUAAGGUUAUAAAAGCUUGAAGGCAUGAAAAGACCCAAUGGUUUCCUGACAUGAUGGAUAGCAAAGUCUUUAUUAAAACUGAGCCGGGACUCGAAGGGCAAUCACUCCCAACUCCACAACCAAAUCCACUCACCGAUGACACCGGUGGGACAAAGAUAUGUUUUGUCUGUGGUUCUAUAGGGCAUGCUGAUCAAUAUUGGCUGAGAGUGAAACCAAGUCCUGGCUCAAAUGAACCAUACUUUCCAUUUCUCGAAGCCCAUGAACCACCAGCUGGAUAUUCCGGUGAUGGAUCAAGAAGCGGAGCAGUCAAAGCAUGCAAUCUUUGUUACGCUUUGCUCUUGCAACAAUGGGAAGGUUUUGAGCAAGAGGGUAGGCUCCAUAGUGAAAGACUUUAUUGGUUGAAAAGAUGCGAUGGUGGGCCUUUUACUGGUGCAGAAAUGGCUCUUCAGGGUGAAUAUGCGGCUCAAGUUUUGGGGUUAACUAAUGAUCAGGCACCACAAAUGAAACAAGAAAAUCGGCCAGUGGGUGCUUCUCCACGGCUUCCACCUAGUUCACUAUCACCCAGGGUGGAACAAACAAGACCACCAUCGAAUUCAGUUGAAUUAUCGAGACCCCAUUCUAAUAUGGCAGAAACACCAAGGCAUUUAGAACAAGCAAGGCUCACUAUGGAAUCCCCACAUCAGAGACUGCAGUCUCCUCAUCAAAGGUUGCAAAGCCCCCGACAACCUGUUGAAGAUGUUAAAAUGUCUGAAGCUGCACUAGAUUUAAGACAUGGACCUAGGAGUUCACCUGCACCUACAGCUGCUUUAACUCCUCAAUCCCAAGCCAUCUACAGCGGUGGAUCCUCAUCCAGUAUUGGUACUGAUAUUUUGGAUUUAUCAAUGCCGGACAAAAAUUCAGUAACAGAAGUGUGCUACAUUUGUGGGGAUGAAUUUAAAAGAGGAUCAUUAAGUCACAUCGCGGCAAAACCACUGCCAAAUGUACCAAAACCUUCCGAAAGUCCUCCACCAUUUUUUCCAUCAUUGAUGCUUCAUCCGAGGCCAAGUAGGAGUCGACCUAUGGACAGUGCUGGUCGAGUACAGGCAUGCUCAGCAUGUCAAAAUCAUCUUUUAGUACAAUGGAAGACAUAUAUGCGGCAGGGGAUACCACACGGCGAUCGGAAUUAUACGCUUCGUAAACGAGCAACGCCCAUGAUGGACACUACUACUUUUAUCUGUUAUACGUGCGCUCUCGAGUACCCUUCAUCCAGUAUUAGACUGCUCUACUGCUGUUCUAAUCCCGAAAAAGAAGCAUACUUUCCUUUUAUCUACAGCCUGAGACCCCCACCCGGAGCUAGUCCUAUUAGUCCUCAGGGAAUGGUACAAGUUUGUUCUAUUUGUUACAAGGCUAUUCCGCAAAAGCAACAAGUAUUUGGCGGAGAGAACCAUGAGGUACAUCCUGUCGGACAAAGUAUGGAUUAUCGACUGCAAGGUAACAGUCUUUUGCCACGUCCAGCCAUUGCAAAAUCACCAGCCAAUUCCGCUGGCAGUGAUAUUCGGUUUAAACCAUACGAUUUGAACAAAUCGACUGCUGCCACGAACAAGCAACGCACCGUAAACCUUAAAGCUCCUACUCUCGGCCAACGAAAUUCUCCUAGUAAUGGUCCCGCUGAAAACGGUACUGUGCUUGGCCAAAAUUAUAGGUGCUAUAUUUGCGAAAGAUUAUGUUCUCACACACAUAUGGAAUGGUUGUCUACGAGUCCAGAGGGAAUGAAUUCACACGCUAUGCAUUUUCCGUGUUUAAGAGGGAUGGCACGUACUUCCGAGAACGCUUGCAUGGAUAGCCAUGGAAGAGUAUUAGCUUGUAGUCAUUGUGUGACUCACUUAACGCUUCAAUGGGAAAGUAUGGAUGCAGAUCGCGUUCCUUUAGAACGCCGCAGGUAUGAUAUUCCUAGUCCACAUCCAAACGGUGAUGUGAACCGCUCAAUUGCCACUCCACCGAGUACGAGUUCGGAUCGGACAUUCGGUAGUAAUCCUGGUACAUCGAGCAGCUCGAUCUAUUGUUUCCUAUGCGGUUUACACAGCGAUUUAACGCUCGCGAGAGUUUUGUACGGGCAUCCUCAGGGUCGCAACGCCCCAUACUUUCCUGAAUUAUUGCGUCACAACUCGCCGCCAAAUGCGGAACAACUCAGGGAUGAUGGUUCCGCUUUGGUCUGCACUUUCUGUUAUCAUACCCUUCUUGCGCAAUGGCGUAGAUACGAAUCUCAGCAAAUCGUUGGUAGACAGUACAACACUCAUGAUUAUUGUUGCUACGUUUGCGGUAUUACGACCUACAGAAAACGCAUUCGAGCAUUGCCCGUUAAGGAUUUCCCAUUCUUAAGGUAUCACAAACAACCGGAAAAAAGUUUGCUAUUGGAGAACGGUGACUUCGCUGUGGUUUGUCUAGAUUGUUACGAAACUUUACGUACGCAAAGUCUCGAAUACGAAAGAUGGGGUUUGCCAAUAGAAAAAAGAGAAUACAAUUGGAUCGUACAACCUCCUCCGCCUGAAGAUAGUCCUGACGCUUCCAUCGCUAGAUUACCCUCUGGGGAGAGAUCUGAGAAGGUGGUUCCUCAAACUUUGACUGUCAGACCGGCACGAAAAAACUGUUCACCAAAGGCACCGGACAAAAAGAUUCCUGCCAAGGCUCCGGAUAAGGAUCAAGGUCUCCAGCCAGCCAGUACCAAAGCACAGCCAACGUCUAUUGGCAAAUCCCACAGACCCAGUUCCGGCGUUCUACCUCAGGGUCAUACUCCGGGACCCGGGCCAGGUGGUCAACAGAAUAACAGAAGUUUCGCCGCGGCUUUGAGAAACCUAGCGAAACAAGCAGGACCGGCUCCUCAAGAAGAGGAACCUCGUGCCAGUCCCAAGAAUCGGGCUCCACCUCCUUUGGUCAGAGGUCCUUCUCCUGCCAAGGAACGAACGUCCCACGAACGAAGGCCGGAAGAGGUUCCUUCUUUGUACACGACGACUGCCAGACCUACUGAAACUAGCAAACAUAGCGUGACUGCAACAACUUCCGAAUUGUUGGCUCGUUCCGGUUUUCAACCCUAUCGACCUGAACAUCAUGCUGCCCAUGCUCCACCUGCCUUUGCUUUGGAUCCUGCUGCUUAUAACCCUUAUCACCAUGGUCUCUAUCCACCACCACAUCUGCAGCACGCUUAUAGGUUAGAAGAACAAUUGUAUUUGGAACGAUGCGGUAUGUUGAGACCACCGUUAUUUCCUGGAUUGCCAUCCUAUCCCCUUUAUGGGUUAAGAUACAGUCCAGACAUGCUCCCACCUGCUUCGCUGGGACUGAUGUCACCUGUGAUGCACGAGCGGCUGAAAUUGGAAGAAGAACACAGGCUGAGACAAGCACGAGAACAGCAAGCUGCUAUACGAGAGGAGGAAGAGAGGAGAAGAGCGGCAAGAAAUACAGCUUCCUCUGCCCCGGUACCCGCACCUACACCUGCAUCCACCGAUACUGCAGCUAGGAAGCCGACCAUAGCGGCUCAGAUGCAUAGCGAGAGGGAGCGUGAACGGGAGAGCAGCAGAGACAGGCCGAAUAGUAACAGUGCAAACAGUAAUAAUGCAAGCAACAAUAAUGGCAUUGUUCCUGGUAGCAGUAGUCAUCAUCAGUCAAGAAAAGACGAGUCAUCGUCGACGGUACAAGCAACAGCUCCUCAAGCACAGCCGCAACCACCACCACCACCUCCAUCAGUAUCAGAUCCUUCAGCAGUAGCAGCAGCGGCAGCAGCAGCAGCAGCAGCGAGCAUCUACCAUUCUCGUUUGCCACCCUUUCCAAGCCCAGCCGCACCAAUUGGGCCAUCAUCUCUGGGCUCUGCUUCCAUAUGUUCUGUUAGUUCCGCUCCAAUCCCACCUCCUCUUGGAAGCACGUUAACUCCCCUUAAUCUUGGACCACCUCCUCCGGCGAUUAGCACAGCGCCGAUCGGUCCACCUCCUAUACCUUCGAUACCUCCAAUUUCAUCCUUAACUGCAGGAGUAAUAGGGCCACCACCGCCACUAAGUAUGCCCCUGGCACCUAUCAUCUCUAUACCUUCUCUCCACCUUCCUCCAGUGCCGUCGAGUACCAUUCAUUCUAGUCAACAUACAGCCACGAUAAUGAGUAGCGCGACGACCACGGUCACAAGUUCUAUAUAUUAUCAACAACAGCAUCAACAGCAAACCCAACAAUCGGUGCAGCAUCAGCAACGUUCGAGUAAUAACACCAACUGCACCACUACUAUUAAUUCCUUAUCGAACAAUAAUACAAUGACAACUCACGCAACUCACACUUUACCUACACCAGGUGCAGCACCGUCCUCCUUGAAUUCCAUGAAUCAUGUAUCCUUGACGCGCAAGUCUCCACCAUUGCUGCACAGUGUUCAUAUACCUAGAAACAAGGAGGUAGCGUCGACAACGAACACCACGACUAGUACACCGAGCAUAACAACGACCACAACUUCAAUUACGACCACCACUGUACCGUCCACGACCACAACAACUACGAGCUCUUCAACGACGAUACAGCCAGCCUUUGUCAGACCAUUUGAGGAUUCCUUCCGGUCUAGUGUGAAACCACAGCAGAGACCAACGAUAAACUGUCACAAUCACAGUAUAGCUAAUCAAAUAAAUCAUCAGGAACCGACGUUGAAAUCAGCAGGCACAUCUACAACAUCUGCGUCUGUUGUUAGUCAACUACAGGUGCAAGAAAAUUCAUCAUUGGAUAACGGCAAACCGGCGAAUCUUCAACAAACGAUCUCCCAACCAAUUUCUUACUCACCUCAAUUCCAUCAUCCCCACAUACCUGUCCCUCCUCAUUUGUCGAAUAUAUACAAGCCACCGCAUUUUUCAACACCGACGCAUCAACAUCAGCAUCAUUCGUCGAACAAAAUGAGCAUACAAUCGUUGAGCGGUAACGGUGGAAAUAUCACAAAUAAUAACGUAAACAUUGUUAACAAUAUGAACAAUAGCAAACAACAAAAUUCCUAUUCUAUUGGAGAGUAUCAACAAACGACGCAACUCUUACCACCGAGAAACGAGAGUGCGCCGUUGAGUCUAGUUAAUUGUACAUCCAAUGAUAAAGUUCAAAUCCAGAUGAGUAAUAGUUAUGGCAACGGUAACUGUGUUGCAUCCAACACUCCAAAAAUUAGUAAUCAUACAAAUACUCAUCAUAAAAGUAACAUGGAUGUUGUCGUUGUUAAGGAGAACAAACACAAUGCGAGUAAUGAAAAAAAUACAACUGAGAAACAGCAACAACCAACGAAACAGAAUCACAUAGUAUCAAAUAUUUUACAGGAGAAACCCCUAGUUCCACAUUUGAACUAUGAACAGGGAAAGGGACUGCCGAUUUUACCUUUUCAUCCGGCGGAAUUCAAUCAAAAUGAGAAACAAGAGUAUAACAGACCUGAUGUUGAACAGCAAAAAUCUCAAAAUGACCCGAACAUAAUGUCCACAUUACCGUUUCAACCGAGUUUUAAGUUCAGUAUAAGCGAGAUCGCGCAGAAGCCUAUUGAUACGAGUCACUUAAUGCAAAGCAUCAAGUCUGAGGAGGUAUUACGAACAUGUCAAAACGUUUCAAACGUUCUCCUCCAGAUACCAAAAUAUCAAGAAAAACUUUUGAAUUUUUCGAACAACGAGCUAAAAACUGCGUUUUGUUUUACCGACAAGUGCAAUAAUUUGACUGAGAUUUCCGUGAAGUGCGAACCAGCUGUACUGAACGUGCCCGAUGUGAGUAAGGCUUUGGCCAAACAGGAGACGGCUAGUAACAACGAGCAAUCUUUCGCCAUACCGGAAAAACCAAAAGAAUUGACAUCGUCGUUGGAUUUGGCUGAAAAGCGACGGAAAAGAAAAAGAGAUAGAAACGCUGGGAUUACUUGUAGUUCCGAUUCAGAAGGCGAGGAAGACAACAAGGAGAUGGACCUUUGGAUUAUUAAGGGUCCCCCAGCAAAGCUGCAAUAUUCCUGCAAGAAGUUGUCCUUCCUUGCCAUGUUUGGACUAACAACUUUAAGUACCAGAAACGAAAUCGAGUUGUGCAAAGUUGAAAAGAGAUACAGACUAAAUCCAGAUCCACCGGAACCACCUCUCGAAACCGAAACUACAAUCGAAUCGGUGUUACCGAUUCCACGUGAACAUCCGGAUGUCCUAUUACAUUCGCCGGAUUUCGAACCAAAAGUUGGUUUCCUUAGAACGAUAGGUCUCAAUGUUAUGCCACCGCACAAACGAGACGAAGCCGAAGCGACGUGGCAAUAUGUUCUGCAGGAUCGUAAGAAACGAAAGAGCACGAAUUCUGUGACCGUUUAUUGCGAAAGAAUUGCUAAAGUCUACUCGAAAGAUCCUCCACCUUUGCCGAAGCCACCUCAGAAGAUGAGACUUUUGGAUAAAGUAAAAGUUAAGCAUGUUCCGGAACGACCACCUCCUCUUCCACCUCUGGUACCGAAUAUCGUUUCUAUGUAUUAUCCAAGUUUUCCUAUGCCUGGCGAAAAUGGCGUUAAGCAAUACAGCAAAGUCAUAGACAUUUCUGAAAAUACCGAUGAACAUAGCGAAAAGAAAGAGAAGCCAAGGUGGAAUGGUAUCGAAGACAUCAUGCUGGCCUACAGAGAGUAUUCGAAAGAAAAAGUAUUGGAGAGAAAAAUUUUAACGAGCGAAACAUCAAGAUUGGCUGCGCAAUCAAAUGCAUUGCGAUCGGAAACAGUACAACUCGAGCGAAGGAUAUAUGAACUUUUAUCAACAAGGACAGCACUUGAUUCUGAGAAACGAGUGCUAAGUGAAAAAAUCGAGAGAAUGAAUGCACUUGUUAGGACUCUUAGGUAGCGAUGUAUGACGCACAACACGGAAACUCAUUCAUCUGUGAUAUUAUCGGCGGGUUAAGGGCCGUUGGCAUUCGACAUACCUUACAAAUUGUGUAGUAUGUAGAUAAAUAUAAAGAGAAAUAAGCAGAAGGGUUACAUUGACCAAAAUUUUAGAAAUUUUAAGUCUCGUUUCACGAUAAAAAUUCGACUAAUCAAUGCGGAAUCCUUGAUAAAAAAUAAAUCACACGCGGCAUCAUUGUAGUCGUUUAUCCAAAGGGUGUAUUCGACUAAAGAACAAUUUUCAAAAAAAGAAACAUUUGUAUUUAAGGGCAGAUAAAUUAACAUUUUAUUCUAACAAAGAAUCCAUAUCAGCGUGUGUAAAAUGAUCUAUAUAUAUAUAUA